AUGCGAUUGCCCUUUCGGCGGCGCCAUGCCGCUCGUCGCGCCCAACCCGAUUCCAUUAUCUCUGCGAUCCUUGCCCUUUCAACGCUUGCAGCAUCACCCGCAAGUGCGAUAUCCUUUACCCCCGUCCCCAACCCGAACCUCGACAUUUCGCAGCUCGGCCGACUGGCCCUUGUUGGCGACUUUUCAGGCAUCUCCUUGUACCAGUUCCAAGAACAGAAUGAGCGACCAUUUCGCACAAAUGGCAGCGAACAGCUUCUCGCGCGCAUGCCUAAUGGCGACUUCGCGUCUGUCGCCAGUACCGACGCGACCAUCCGCACCAUGUGCUCCUUCAACACAGGCAAUCGCACUGUGAUUGUGAUUGGUGGCAACUUCACGAGCAUAGGGCCUGCGGACCCUGACACAUCGGCCAUGCAGCAAUCCACGGGGAUCGCGCUGUUCGAUCCAACGACUGCUGCAGUCACGCCGCUCCCCAAUCUUUCCGGUCAGGUCAACGCGCUGCUCUGCGAUCAGAGCGCCAACAUUGUCUAUGUCGGGGGAAGCUUUGUUGCUGCGAAUUCAACUAAUGCGAUAGCGUGGGAUGGCGAGAAUGGCUGGACAAAUCUGCCAUUCGCUGGGUUCAAUGGGCCAGUUACUUCCAUAGCUAAAGCAUCCAACGGGAACAUCGUGUUCGGAGGUAGCUUCACAGGCUUGGGGAACGCGAGCACUCCGAGCACGCCGGACGGGCAGGUCAUCAACCUUUCGACAGCGAACAUUAGCAGUGGCUCUUCGACCACCACGGAGGGUUUCAACGAUCCCAGGAACAUCAUCUGCAAGACCAGCGGUGCAGAUGGCACGGGCAAUACGUGGUUGUUGCAGGACAAUACUCCUGGAUUCUGGCAAGCGACCUUCAGGUACGGAUUUCGACCAACAAAGUUGCGAUUGUACAACACGCACCAGGAUGGACGGGGAACAAAGACGUGGCGCUUCACAGCCCUGCCUAUCAAUGGCAUUAUGAACAUGACGUAUACAGACCCCUCGACAGGACGAAAUGCGACCUGCACUAGCGAAUGCCCCUUGAGCGACGACCCGGAUGUCCAAUUCCAGGAUUUCCAUUUUGUCAACGUCAUCGGCAUGAACGCGUUUCGGCUCGAUAUCUCGGCCUUUUAUGGACGCGGGGGAGGUCUGAAUGGGAUUGAGCUCUUUGGAAAUGACAUAUUUUCGUAUGCCGUCAAUGACUUUAACGAGCCGUCGUGUGCAGGCCUCAGGUUCCCAUCAACAGCAACCGCGACUGGUCCCUGGGUUGUCACGCCUUCCUUCUCGAGCACAGCCGAAUAUCUGACAGCACAGCUCACUGCCCCAAUCAGCAAUUCUUCGGCUUCAAUUGUUUUCACACCCGAUAUCAGGGAAUCAGGGCACUACUCGGUCAAUCUGUACACUCCGGGCUGCCGUCAAGACAACACGUGCCUCACACGUGGUCAGAUCAAGCUCACAGGGCAAAUGACAGCUGAUCCCACGAGGAGUCAACCAAUCGAUGUUGACCUCUACCAGACCAAUGACUUUGACAAGUACGACCAAAUCUACUUUGGCGCGGUCGAUGCGGCUUCGAGCAGUUUCAAGCCCAGCGUUACCAUGACACCCCUCGCCGGCCAGUCACUAACGCAAAUGACGUUUGUUGCGCAGCGCUUGGGAUUCACCUUGAUCAAUAGCACUGGCGGCUUGAAUGGGCUUUAUGAAUACUCACCGGGGGCCGCCGUUAAUGUCAGCGACCUCAUGAGCUCUGCCUUCAACCGCUUGGGCGCCAGCUUUUCCACCGGCUCAGCUGUCAAUGCAUUGGCGACUUUAGGGGAUGCUACUUACAUUGCAGGAAAUUUCACUUCCAACGCACUGCGCAACAUUGUCUCCUUGAAGGGCAACGACUUCGCUGUGCGUUCGCUUGACGGUGGGCUAAAUGGCGAAGUGGAAUCAAUAUUCGCCAAUGGCACCAACCUCUAUGUCGGCGGACUCUUCAACAGUACCCUAGACAACUCAACCCAAGGACUGAACAACGUUGCCGUAUACGACACUGCAAGGGACACCUGGGCUCCCCUUGGCGCUGGGGUUGGCGGCCACGUCUUUCGAAUCGUUGGCAUGACGAUGAACAUUACCGGCUCGACCCCAGAGGUUGUGAUUAGCGUCAACGGGAAAUUUGAUCAACUAUUGGCUUUUGGCGACAACGCCGCCGUUCCAGUUGAUGGAUUUGGCAUCUGGGUACCUUCCCAAGGGAAUUGGCUGCAGAAUCUGGAAUUGCCAGUCGGGUCAGUCGAGGGCGUCUUGUCCGCCUCGAUUCUUGACCUUGCGAGCGAUGGCCUGUCGCUCUAUGGGGGCUCGCUUUCUUCGUCCACCUUGGGCGUGUCUGGCGCGGCAAUCCUCGGGCAAGGCGAGAGCUUGAACCGACUCCCUGUCGAUAUCCACCCGUUUACGAAUACCACUACACCGAGCAGUCUUGCGAGGCGCGAGGUUACCUUGACCGAUGAGAGCAUCCAUGGGGUUUUGGCCGGCAUGUUUGAGACCAACAACGGCAGAAACCUUACCAUUCUUGGUGGUCACUUUUUCGCUACAGCCACUGACGGCUCUACGAUUCAUAACCUUGUCAUCCUCGACGGCUCCAACAAUAACCAAGUUACUGGACUCGGCGACCAGAUCUCCUCCAACUCGACGUUUGUGGCCUUGGCUGUACGAGGGGAUAUCCUUUAUGCUGGAGGAAAGGUAUCGGGAAACGUGAAUGGCAACGACAUCAAUGGCCUUAUCUCGUACGAUCUAGCCCGGAGGUCGUUCAAUACCCAACCGCCAUCCCUGUCCGGCGGCAACGGCACUGUCUCCUCCAUCUCUGUACAUUCUAGCACCGGGGAUGUCUACGUGGGAGGUUCGUUUACGAGUGCCGGGUCGCUUGGCUGCCCCGGAGUGUGUUUCUACAGCACAACCGCGUCCCAGUGGAACCAAGCCGGUCAAAACAUUGAGGGAACCGUUCACACUUUGAUGUGGGCGACUGACAAUGUGUUGCUCGCCGGCGGCAAUCUCACCAUCAAUGGCACCGUUUCCGCUUUCCUCGCCAUGUACGAUCCAAGUACGCGGAUUUGGGACGCCUACCCCGGCGCCGACCAACUCGCAGGACCAGUCACCGUUCUCACUGUCGGCACAAGGGACGGCAGCCAGAUUUGGGCCGCAGGAAUCUCUUCGUCCGAUAGCUCCGUCUACCUGAUGAAGCACGACGGCUCUGCGUGGCAGUCAGCUGGCCAGACCACGCUCCAACCAGGCACAGAUAUCCGCGGUCUCCAAAUCUUCUCCCUCACCUCAUCACACAAUCAAACCUCCCUUGUCAAUGCGGACGAAGCGCUUAUGCUCACUGGCUCCAUCGUCCUCCCAGACUUCGGCUCUGCCUCGGCUGUCCUCUUCAACGGCGAGACCUUUACUCCCUUUGCCUUGACCACGAAUACCGAGAACCGCCCGGGCACCAUUGCCCGCUUCUUCUCCGAGAGUGGCGACUUCUUCAACAAGAACGGCGGGGGCAUGCCGCUAGUGUUUAUCAUACUCAUCGGUCUCGCUAUCGCCCUCGGGUUGACGCUGCUCAUCAUUCUUGGGGGUCUGGCGCUCGACAGGAUCCGCAAGCGGCGCGAAGGCUACGUCCCCGCCCCAACGUCCAUGUAUGAUCGCGGCAGCGGUAUACAGCGAAUCCCGCCGCACGAGCUGUUGGAGAGCUUAGGGAGAGGCAAAGCCGGCGCGCCCAGGGUUUGA